AUGUCAAGGUCCGCAACGCCCGCGCUCCCUUUCCAUAAUGCCCAGAUCCCCGAUUCGAGACCGAGGUCGACAACCCCGGCGGACGUGCGCUCCAGUCCUUCCCCUUCUACGUCUACCUCGACAUAUUCGCUCUUAGAUCCGCAAGAGACCGCGGAGCGCUUACAGACCUCCCUCGUCCAUGGCCUUAAUCCCGCCGAGGCCGAGGUGCGCCUGGCACAAGAGGGACCCAACGAACUCCCGCACGAAGAACCAGAGCCCAUCUGGCUCCGCUUUCUCAAGCAGUUUAAGGAGACCUUGAUCCUCCUCCUUUUGGCCUCCGCUGCGAUCUCCUUUUUCAUGGGAAACUAUGACGAUGCAGUCAGCAUUACCCUCGCCGUCACAAUCGUGGUCACCGUCGGAUUCGUUCAGGAAUAUCGGUCGGAAAAGUCUCUGGAGGCACUGAGUCGUCUGGUGCCGCACCAUGCGCAUCUAAUUCGCGAUGUUCCUUUGAAUGGCCCUCCAGUGGCCGGCACCAUUCCCCCGGCUCCUGGUGCGGAGAUGGAGUUGCAGGAGCUGCGAAGCAAGAGCGCAUCCAUUUCCACCGCCGUCAAGGCCUCGACUACCGUGCCCGCCACGGAACUCGUGCCAGGCGACUUGGUCCUCUUCACCGUCGGAGACCGCAUUCCGGCAGACAUAAGGAUCACUGCCGCCACAUAUCUCUCCAUCGAUGAGUCCAACUUGACAGGCGAAAACGAACCGGUUGUCAAGUACCCCGAUGCCAUUCGCAGCCCCAAGCACCUUCCGUCGCACUCCCCUAAGAUUGUGAGCCCGCCUCGAUCGCCAUUUUACGAUGCCCCGGCCAGUGGCGCCGUGGGAGCCGACAUCCGCUUGAAUGAACAACACAACAUCGCUUUUAUGGGUACGCUGGUUCGGUCGGGAUACGGACAGGGAAUUGUGAUCGGAACAGGUGCGAAGACGGAGUUUGGGAGCAUUUCCGCCUCCCUCCAGGAAAUUGAAAGCCCGCGGACGCCUCUCCAGCUGUCAAUGGACCGUUUGGGCCAGGAAUUGAGUUACAUCUCGUUCGGUGUCAUCGGACUGAUCGUUCUCAUUGGUUUGAUCCAGGGUCGCAAGCUCCUCGAGAUGUUCACCAUCGGUGUUUCGCUCGCGGUGGCUGCGAUUCCGGAAGGUCUCCCUAUCAUUGUCACCGUGACGCUGGCUUUGGGAGUGCUGCGCAUGGCCAAGCGAGGAGCUAUCAUGCGACGGCUGCCGAGUGUCGAGACGCUAGGCUCUGUAAACGUCGUUUGCAGUGACAAGACCGGUACUCUGACUCUGAACCACAUGACGGUUACCAAAAUGUGGCACUUUGACUGCCCCGAGCCUUUUGAGGUCCAUAAUGAUAUUUCCUCCUUGACGCCCGGGCCUGCAGCGCGGACCGUUCUGCGAAUCGGCAACAUUGCCAACAAUGCCAGACUAUCUCGCGUGCAUGCUAACUCUCCAGCUAGCGCCUCCUCUGCCGCGGUCUUGUCCUCCACGGACGACAGGGCUUCUGGAAGUAUCCGUAGCAGAUGGGUUGGCCAGCCUACUGACGUGGCUAUUCUGGAUUUGCUGGAUACAUUCGGCGAGGACGAUGUGCGUGAGCGUAUCAGCGCCCGUGUCGCGGAAACUCCAUUCAGUUCUGAGCGCAAAUGGAUGGGUGUAAUCAUUGGCAACGGCACCUCCGGUGACAAUGUGGCCUAUAUCAAGGGAGCCCUCGAGCAGGUAUUGACCCGGUGCGAUACUUACUUGACCAAGGAUGGCCGUGAGGUUAUCCUGGAUGAACCACGGCGCCAGUCGAUAAGGCACGCAGCCGAACAUAUGGCGGCAGAGGGCUUGCGGGUCUUGGCUUUCGCCAGUGGAGCAGUUAGGGACACUUCGAGAGGAAGAGCGUUUGGCAGCAGAUCGGGUACGCCCGUGUCAAAGUCCAGCAGCCAGAGUGAUGACGAUGACCGGUACAAUGGACUAGUCUUUGCGGGCUUGGUGGGCAUGAACGACCCUCCGCGCAAGGAUGUCCACAAGUCCAUCCGGCGUCUCAUGGCUGGAGGAGUGCGGGUCAUCAUGAUCACGGGAGAUGCGGAGACGACCGCUGUGGCCAUCGCGAAGAAACUAGGAAUGCCGGUCAGUGACGCUCCCGGAUCACGGCCUGUCAUGAAUGGGCAUGAGAUCGAUCGGAUGAGCACCCAGGAGCUCGCGCAAGCCAUAUCCUCGACCUCGGUCUUUGCGCGCACCAGUCCGGACCAUAAAAUGAAGAUUGUGCGUGCCUUGCAAUCCCGUGGCGAUGUAGUGGCUAUGACCGGCGAUGGCGUGAACGACGCCCCGGCACUCAAGAAGGCGGACAUUGGUAUCUCGAUGGGCAAGCUGGGCACAGAUGUCGCCAAGGAGGCCGCGGAUAUGAUUUUGACAGACGACGACUUCUCGACCAUCUUGCGUGCCAUUGAGCAGGGCAAGGGCAUCUUCUACAACAUCCAGAAUUUCAUUACCUUUCAGCUCAGUACCAGUGUUGCUGCACUGAGUCUCGUAUUGCUGAGCACCACCUUGGGCUUCAAGAACCCGUUGAACGCCAUGCAAAUCCUAUGGAUCAAUAUCCUCAUGGAUGGCCCCCCUGCGCAGUCGCUAGGAGUGGAACCUGUUGAUCCGUCCAUCAUGAACCGGCCACCCCGACCCCGGAAUGCCCGCGUUCUCACAAGGCCGCUCGUUCAGCGGGUGCUCACCUCCGCGAUGAUGAUCAUGCUCGGCACUCUGGCCAUCUACAUCCACGAAAUGGGCGACGCCGACGACACCGCCAACCCCGGCGUGCACUCCCGCGUGGUGACCGCCCACGACACCACGAUGACCUUUACAUGCUUCGUACUGUUCGACAUGUUCAACGCAUUGACGUGCCGCAGCGAGGGCAAGUCGGUGCUCCGUGGCGAGAUCUCUCUCUUUGGAAACAAGAUGUUCAACUACGCCGUUCUGGGCUCGCUCGCGGGACAGGCGUGUGUGAUUUACCUUCCCUUCUUGCAGCGCAUCUUCCAGACGGAGCCCCUGGGCUUUGGACAUUUGUUCCGGCUGAUGCUUUUCCUUAUACUUUGA